GGCAUUUUGAUUUCUGCAGAGACAAAAUCAGUUGUCCAAGUUGAGACAAGGCAAGAGGUAAAUACUUGUUCACAUUGUGAAAACUGUUUGUUAUCAUGUUAGAAGAAAACGGAAGUCAAUGACUAAGGUUCAUUGUAAGAAAUUUCUGUCUAGGAAUUGGCAAAAAAAUGCCCGUUUUGAACAAAUAUGGAGGAGCAGAACGAGGAAAGAGGAGGAAGUAGAUGAAAUGUGUCAUUUUUAUGAAGUUGUUCGUGUUGAUUUUCAGGAAAGCUCUAAUGAUAAGAAAGAGCAGCAAGAUAUGUCUUUGGAGGAUCACAGAAUCCUAACUGGCUAUUUGCCUCUACUGAGAGAGUUUAUUCCAAGUGCUGCUGAGGAGAUUGAAUCCGAUAUCCAAGCUCACAUCUCUAGUCAAGUUGAUGAUGAGGAUUUCUAUGAUGUGCUGUAUGACUCGGAAUAUGACAGUGAAGAUUCAAAUGCUGAAGAUAAUCCAAGAAAUUAUUAUCCUGAUGAGAUCCCCAAAGAGAGAGACGAAUUGGAGAAUGGAGACGUAAUAGCGUAUGAAAAUGAGACUUACGAUGAUUACGAAGAAGAGGUUAAUGAUUCUGAUUAUACUAACGAUAAUGAUAACGAUGAUGGUGAAUAUUGGAGAUGGUCUACAGGUAAAAUAUAGGACUCAAUACCAAAGAUUGGUCACACUACCUCAUCCUCUUUUCCUUGUAUUGUAUUUUCCCAUGUCAGUUCGAAAUGAGAUGCUUUUGUAAUACAAGGGUAUCGUUUUAUCCUUUCCCAAGAAUUUGUUACUUAUUACAUGUUGAUAUAAACAGGGAAAUUUAAUCAACUGAAUUUUGACAU